AUUUUUUGAGUGCAUUGAGUCGGUAAAUCAGUGUGAACGAUACCUUGUAAAGAUUAGGAGGCACGGUGGACAGAGACGACAAUGUGAUUGGCGGUCCUCUUGUCAAUGUAAUAAAUUAACCUAGAAUCUCCUCGGGGCUGCCCCUUCGUGUUGAAAUAGGGCUAGUUAUGCUGGACUAAUUAUUAUGGGAUUAUUCGCCGAGCACUCAUCCAAGUUCCUCCUCUGCAGUACAAAGUGGUGACCAUGAGGCCACCGGACCUUUCCCGGGUCCCUGUCUUCCUCAUCUCCAGCCUCUGUCUCUUCUCACACGUCACUUCAUGGUCACUGAACAAAAUUCUAAUGACUGGCCCAAAGGCUAAUCAUUUGGUUGAUAACUUCACCAGAAACAAUAAUCUAUGGACUAAAUACCAGAUACAUACAAUGUUCAUGAAAAGUAUGGACCGUGGGUCACUUAGAGCAGCUAAAGAAUGCCGUCACCAGUUUAGAUGGGACAGAUGGAAUUGUCCCAUAGUCGACAUGGAUCGUCAAAUACACAAUAUUAGAGCCAAUCGGGAGACAGCAUUUGUCCAUGCAAUCUAUUCCGCCAGUAUUAUGUUUGAUCUGACGUCACAGUGUAACCUUGGCGGGAACCCCGUGUGCGCGUGUGACGAUUCGCGCAAUGGUGUUAAAGGCGGAUAUAACUGGAGCUGGGGAGGAUGCAGUGACAAUAUCAAAUUUGGAGAUUCCGUCUCAAAACACUAUCUUAUCUCCAUGAAGAAGGGCAAAGAUUCGUACGCCGCUGCUGUUAUUCACAACAAUGGUGCUGGACGAAUGAGUGUCAGAAAAACAACACACUUGAUAUGUAAAUGUCAUGGUGUUUCCGGAAGUUGUUCUGUGCGGACCUGCUGGCGACAACUCGGCAGUUUCCGCUCAAUCGGAAACUAUCUAAAACGAAAGUACAAAAAAGCAGUACAUGUAAAUUUCUUUGAUGGAAAACUGCGACAAGGCAAUGUUGUAAGUGGUGUAAAAUUGAACAUGAUUUCUAACAAACAGCUUGUGUUUUUGGAAAAGUCUCCAAACUACUGCAAGGAAAAUUACAGCCUCUCUCUGAACGGGACAUUAGGGAGGCAAUGCUCAAGGAACAAAGUGGGUGUCAAACAAAAUGCGGCUGAACGAAAGAGUUGUCGGACCUUGUGCAAAGCUUGUGGAUUAAGAGUGAAACAUGAAGUAGUUACUAUUAAGACAACGUGCAACUGUCGCUUCCAUUGGUGCUGUCACGUGGCCUGUUUUGACUGUGAACAAAAACAUGAUGUCUAUUCAUGCAGCAAAUAAUGUGUUAAACAAUCCAUAAAUGUGAAAACUGAUCAUGACUUCGCGAGAAACACUUUCUGACCCUCGGUUCGACACAUUUAUGCAUUAGAUUGCGUUGCUGAAUACCAUGCUAUACGAAUUCAUUUUGUACAUUAUAGUUGAUACUUGGGAUACUACCGAAGAAUAGUAUUGAUUAUAAUCAUUUAAUUAUUUAUGUAAACUGUCUCUGUAUUAAUAAGAAACAACUCGGCGUGCCAUUAUUUGUAAGUAUGUACGUAAUUAUAGUUGUUAAUAUUUGUAGAUGUUUUCUGAACCGCAUUUUAGUUUUCUGUGUCAAGAAAUUGAAUUCGUUGCUCCGGAUUUUUUUUGAUGAAUUUUGCUGUUUGAUGUAAAUAGAUAAUUAUCUCUUGCAUAUAUAUCUCUAAAAUAUCAUCAUCACCUCCAAACGUAAAAACUGAUAAUCGGUAUAAAAUGCCUAUAUUGUGAACGCACAUGAUUAUUUUAAUGCGCGUAAAUUCAAGUGCUCAAAAAAAGGUGCAUUACCAAUAUUCAGUUUUUUGCAAUACUUUUUGACCUGUUACGUAAAAGUGCUUAAAUUGUUUGUUAUUUAUUAGAUUAAUAAAAGUCAAUUAGUUGACUGUUAAUUAUCUCUUUUGUUAAUAAAUGUCACUAAGAUUAACAGGUUAUCAAAAUCAUUAAACAUAAGAUGUAAUGUAUGUUUUUGUUAAAUCAAGAAAUAUUAAUCAGUGUAUUUCUCCAUUUUUAAACGCGAGACCAUGUAUUUUAUUACUAACUCAUUAUCAUAGCAAUAUAUUUCUUAAGUUUGAGAUUUUGCAUGCACUUUUUAUGCUUGUACAAAAGAGACUUAGAUAUUACCUUUAAACAUAAAGUAAUACAGUUAUAGAUAUGCUUAUGCCGAAUCCUGAAUGUAAAAAUUCAUACAGCUGUUUUGUCUUUCGAUUACUAUUCUUUAACAUUAUGGUUAAAAGUGUCGAAACCAGAAGGGAAGACAGGAAAAAUAAAAUAGGCCUGAAAACUCGAUUUUCGAUAUUUUGGAGGUGAUCAUAGAAUCCGGAAAAUAGGUACCUUGAAAAUAAAAUUCAUUUGGGGGAUUAUGGUCAGCUACAUAUAUUUCUGAGAAAAAUCUAUCAGUUUUGUCUCAAACUUUGAUAAAACCUCUAACAUUUUGAUAAAACUACUUAAAUAUGUCGAUAUUGUACAUAUUGUACAAUUUUAAUUGUAUGUUGAGGAAAUCAUUUAGGUGCCACUGGGAUGUAUUUAAUACUCGUUAAUGAAAAAGAAUUAUACCAGAUAUGAACCACCCAAAAACGCAACAUUUGAUAAAUAGGUUUCUCGCAAUGUAUGCAUAUUUUUCGCGUUCAAGCCUGAGUUUUCGUGGUAUAUCUUAGCUUUAAAAUAAUAGUAAAACAUAAUAGGCGAAUAUUCUCACUAAAGAGUUCAUUUAAUUGCCAUCAAACCAGAGUAAAAAGUGAUUUACUAGAGAUUAACAUUGUAAUAAAACAAUAAAUGAUUGUAAUAGACAUUUAAACCAUUUACCUCUCUAACAUCGUAGCAAUACUUUGUUUGUUCAUAUCUUCGACUAACAUAUUAAACACAAAACUACAGGAAUAGGCACCAUUCCCUAACGUUUAUCAAAGUACAAGUAUAUAUUCCCUAACUAUAUUUUUUUCAGUAUACUAUAUUUGACAAAGGGUAUAAGAAGCGAAAUAAUAUGAAUAUCUGUGAUAAUUGUUGAUAAUAAAGACGUUCAUAAGCUUA